UAAUAAACUGAAACAAAUAAAAUGAAGACCAACAUUAAACGAUGGCUUCUACAUUUAUACUAGAAAACACCCCAGACAACUUCAGUAAGAAAUAUCACCAUCUGAGGAAGAUUGGAAAGGGAGGAUGUAGCACUGUGUAUGCUGGUGUCCGCAUUGCUGAUAGCUUGCAGGUGGCGAUCAAGUUCAUUAAACGGGCCAACAAGGGCUGUGAAAAUGACGUUCCCGGUGAAGUGUCCAUGAUGCUGCAGGCAGGGGGAACGCCGGACUUAGUCAGGCAGUCACCGGUCGUGUCUCUGUUAGAGUGGUUUAUCUUUGACCACUUACUGAUCCUGGUCAUGGAGAGGCCGAAGAACUCCAUGGACCUCAAUGACUUCAUCAGCUCAUUUGGAAGCUGCCAGGAGAAGCACAUGGCGAAGAUCCUCAUCAAGCAACUGCUGGAAGCAGUGAUCCACAUUCACAGUCGAGGAGUCGUACACCGUGACUUGAAAAGUGAAAACAUCCUCAUUCAGUUUGAUUCUGCGUUUCCCAGAAUCCGAAUCAUUGACUUUGGCUGUAGCACCGUAGUGCAGACGGCACCGUAUCAAGAAUUCGUAGGAACAGAAGAAUUUCGCCCCCCAGAGUGCUGUCGCAAAAAGGAAUACACAGCUGAAGCGUUGACUGUGUGGCAAGUAGGGGCGAUUCUCUACCAAAUGCUGCAUGGCUACAGGCUCUACACGUCCUUGUUCCUAACUGGUAUACUACGCAUCAACCGGAAGCUGCCGAAAGCGUGUCGUGAGUUCCUCAAGUCGUGUCUCGCCAAAGACCCGAAAAAGCGUGCCACACUACAACAGCUCAAAGCUCACCCAUGGCUCAACCCUCCAGUGGCCCGUGUUUUUGAAACGGAGAUGCAGAACUGUUAAAGAACGACUGCUGUAUCACAGUAUCACAGUGUCUUCUUCAUAUAUAUUGAUCCUCUUUUCACACAAUAAGUGGGCCAAACCCUACAGAUGCCAUUCUGAAGAUAAAAACACGCCCAUUGAAAGACACUUUUCACCAGUGUCUUUGAAACAUAAAAAAGGGUCACACUUUAGAUAAGGGAACAUCUAGUACCCUAAAUAAACAACUUAUUCAUAUGUGUGUUCACAACGUAUUUGUCAGGAAUUCAUCAUUAUAAAGUACUUGCAGUGUCUUGUUGAGACUCACUAGAUUUUACCUAAACAAACAAAGGAAUGAGUUUCUUAAUACCAAAUGUGUUCCUAACAACAACUACCAAACUACUACUCCUUACCGAAAAAAGCUUUAAUAUACCUGAUACCCGAAACAGUUGCUUAUGCUCACCUGGUUUGAACGCGAUGCUCAUUGUCUCCCUAACUUAAAGAGUACAGUGCAGGUUAGUUUCAGCGUUUAACUAUUCUUAAAUAUUCUUCAUUUAAUCCCAGAACUGCAGCACUAUAUUGUUAAUGGCUAACCACUAGUGAUGGGUUGAUGAGGCUUCAUGAAACAGUGUCCUGAUUUUCAGAGGCCACCAGAUGGCACUGUCUGCAAGUGAAAUGUUUGGAC